AGUACCCCUAUCUACUUCAGUGCUAAGGGCGCAGACUGCUCUGUGAAGGUCUGGACCACCGUUCUCUCCUGCCUUGGGAAGUCGUCGGUUUUUAAAACUUUUUUUCAAAUGUACAUUCGUCUACUUUCAGCUCUUUCAUUAUAGUUCAGUUGCCGUACUAUUUUGUUUAGUUCUACUUCAAUAAUUCGUUGCGUAUUUUUUAAAAAAUUGCUCGACCUUUUCCAUCUUGUACUUUAAAAUCUUAUAUUGGUUCUGAACACUCGAGGAUAUACCGUUAUUGUAGGAUGGCUGGGAUUAUGUACAAAAGAAGAGGAGAAAAGUAUGAGAUAUUUAUUACUUUGAUUUAUUUUUCUAUGGUUUAUUCUUACAACAUCGAUUUAGAACACCCCAUAGUAUAUGGCGGUAAAGAUGGCACUUUUUUUGGAUACUCCGUCCUGGAACAUUACCAUGAUAAUACACGCUGGGUGUUAGUUGGUGCUCCUAAGGCAAACUCCUCCUUCAGCAAUUCAGUGAAGACUCCAGGAGCCGUGUUCAAGUGCCGUGUGCACAGUAACCCUGAGAAGAGAUGUACUGAGAUCAACCUGGGAAGAGGUGACAAGCAGAGGACAUCAUGUGGAAAGACUUGCCAGGGAGACAUGGACAAUGAGUGGAUGGGGGUAACCCUUGCCAGACAGGAAAAAGACAGUGGAAGUGUUCUGGCCUGUGCUCACCGCUGGAAGAAUGUUUACUAUGGGACCGAGCAAAUUCUGCCUCAUGGCUUCUGCUCCAUUAUCUCCCCCAAUCUUCAAGGCAAUACCAAGCCACUCAUUCCCUGCUAUGAAGAGUAUAAGAAGAAAUAUGGGGAAGAGCAUGGAUCAUGUCAGGCUGGAAUAGCAGGAUUUUUUACUGAGGAGCUGGUGGUCAUGGGGGCUCCAGGAUCUUACUAUUGGACUGGCACCAUCAAAGUUUUUAACCUGACUUCAAACUCCUCUUACAACCUGAAAGAGAAUGAAGUUGGAGCUAGCAGAUACAGCUAUCUAGGGUAUGCGCUGACGGCUGGCCACUUCUCUUCACCCACAGCUACAGACAUUGUUGGGGGAGCACCAAGGGAUGGGGCUAAUGGAAAGGUUUACAUUUUCAAAAUUGAAAGAGGUUCUCUUGUGAAGAUUUUCCAAGCCUCAGGGAAAAAGAUGGGCUCUUACUUUGGCUCAUCCUUAUGUGCAGUUGACCUGAACCAGGAUGGGUUAUCAGAUCUGCUGGUUGGUGCUCCCAUGUUCAGCGAGAUCAGAGACGAGGGACAAGUGUCCGUUUUCUAUGGGAGAGGCAAUGGUGUGCUGGAGGAGGGAGAAAUCCUGAAAGGUGACAAUGCUUUCAAUGCCCAGUUUGGUGAGAGCAUCGCUGUGUUGGGAGAUAUUGAUGACGAUGGGUUCCCAGAUGUUGCUAUAGGAGCUCCCAAGGAGGACGAUUUUGCAGGAGCAGUGUACAUCUAUCACGGUGAUGCUGAUGGGAUAGUGACAAAGUACUCUAUGAGACUUUCAGGCCAAAGUAUCAACCCCACCUUGAGGAUGUUUGGUCAGUCAAUAUCAGGGAAUGUGGAUAUGGAUGGAAAUGAGUAUCCAGAUGUUACUAUUGGUGCCUUUAUGUCGGAUAAUGUAGUGCUGCUGAGAUCAAGGCCUGUUGUCACAGUGGACAUUUCAAUCUUCCUUCCCACCUCCAUUAACAUCACAACACCUCAAUGUCAUGAUGGGUCCCAACAUCUCAACUGUCUCAAUGUCUCCCUCUGCCUGCGCUUCCGAGGAAAACAGGUGCCAGGACAAAUAGGUCUGAUCUAUAACCUGACAGCAGAUGCAACAAAGCGAGAAAAGGGCCAGCCGUCCAGAGUACUACUUGGGCAGAACAGAGAGCUGACAAGCACAGUGGGGGAGAUGGUCAAUCUGUCCCUCAACAAGGAGAUGUGUCAGCACUAUGUGGCCUACGUCAGGAAAGAAGUGAAAGAUGUCUUUUCCCCAAUUGUGUUUGAAGCCACCUACAGCCUGGGGCCACAUGUGAUUGAGAAGACGGAGGAGAAGGAGCUGCCGCCACUGAUGCCAGUCUUGCGCUGGAAGAAAGGAGAUAAGAUUGCUCAAAGGAACCAGACAUGGUUUGAGAAGAACUGUUUAUCUGAUGACUGUGCUGCAGAUCUCAGGCUGCUUGGAAAACUUUUGCUCUCUGGUGUCGACAGCAGGCCUUACCUGGCACUGGGAGGGGUGAAGAACAUCUCUUUGAACUUGUCCAUCUCCAAUGCUGGAGAUGAUGCCUAUGACACCAACAUCUACUUCAACUUCUCAAAGGAGGUCUACUUCAUCAAGAUGUGGCAGAAGGAAGAAAAGGGCAUUUCCUGCGAACUCUUGGAGUUGGACUUCCUAAAAUGUAGCGUGGGAUUUCCUUUCAUGAGGGCACAGACCAAGUACCAUUUAGCUGUGAUUUUUGACACCAGCCAUCUUUCUGGAGCUGAGAGGCACUUGCAAUUCCUAGUCACAGCAAAAAGUGCAAAUCCAGAGCAUGAAAGCAAGCUGUCUGACAACAUUCUACACCUCUCUAUUCCUCUGAUACAUGAAGUUGAUACAACCAUCACUGGUGUGGUCUCGCCAGAUUCCUUUCUGUAUGGAGAUUCUGUUGAGGCAGCCCGGUUUGUGCAGCUGGAGGAGAUGGAGUGUAGCUUUCAGCCUCUCAAUUUCACUUUCCAGGUUAUAAACAAUGGACCCAGCAGCCUGCCUGGCUCCACCAUUCAUAUUCGGAUUCCUAAUCGCUUAGUUGGCAGUGGGGCAGACAUGUUCCAUUUACUUGACACAGAGGUUGCUGAAGGAAGAGGGAACUGUUCGCAGCACAUCAAUCCCACACCCUGCACUGUGCCUCAGGAUAAAGAGAGCAUCUUCCACACCAUCUUUGCUUUCUUCACCAAGUCCGGGAGGAAGGUCUUGGACUGUGAUAGACCUGGUCGGUCUUGUCUAAUGAUAACUUGUCACUUGAUGUCAUUGGGGAGAGAAGAAAUGAGGAGCAUAGACUUACGAAUGCUACUGAACACAGAGAUAAUAAAGAGAGACAGUUCAUCUGCCAUCCAGUUUGUAACAAGGGGCAGUGUGAUGGUUGACAAGGGAGCAGUGGAGGUCUCUAAUGGGCUUUCGGAAGACACCACAGUGGUAUUUGAGGCUUUCCACAAUCAAGAGCCAAGAGGCUAUGUGGUUGGCUGGAUCAUCGCCAUCAGCCUCCUUGUGGGAAUCCUCAUCUUCCUGUUGCUGGCUGUGCUGCUCUGGAAGAUGGGGUUCUUCCGUCGGCGGUACAAAGAGAUAAUUGAGGCAGAGAAGAACAGGAAGGACAGCGAAGAAAGCUGGGACUGGGUCCAGAAAACCCAGUGAGCUGCCAGAUAUACCACUCACAUCAUGUGAUGCCUGUCUGCCAGCCUAUCAGUUCACAUCCCUUGAAUCUUCCAUAUGUGGAAGAAGAAAUUCUUCUCCAGAUUUUUCGGAGGCCUGAUAUGUGUUUUUGUUUUUUAAAUAUCGUGAAGCUGACAGCUGGAAACUAUUCCUGAGGUGAUCACGUGACCUGCAAGGAGUAAUUAUGUUCUUCCUGAUGGAGUUGAACUUUGAACUCUGAAAAGAGAGGGUUCUCUAUGGAAGGAAGCAGAUAUCACAACAACAUUUGUGGUAAAAACCCUCAGGGCACUGAACUCGUUAGCGAAACUUAUUUUUUUAUACAUAUAUGCCUUUUUUUUACUGAUCACAAUCUUCAACAAAUGUAUUGAUAUUUUUUUUUGCUGUGUUUUCUGUUUGACAUAUCUAGAUAUUUACUUCAAGGCACUGAUGACUGGUUAACGCCAAAGUCAACAUUAAACUUUUCUGUAUUAUGGAAAGGAGACACAUUACACCAAAAAUACACUUAAAAAACACAAAGUUAGAUUAUUUACUGUUUUCAAGCUGAAAUGUCAUGAUAAUGAAUGAUCUCUUUUGCCUUACUUCCUGUGUCCACUCCCUUAUGCAAGCACCUGGUAAUGCUUUUAAAGUAGAGGCAUUUCAGCUUGCUGCUCUGAUUUAUCGAAAAUGUUAAGAUAGUUUAGAUCAGGCGUGUUCAACUUUGGUCCUCAAGAGAAGCUGUCCAGCAAAUUUUAAAAGUUUCUUUAAAUCUUAAGCUUCAAAAAACAAGGAAAGGCUUCAACUUGUUCAAGUUAACAAAAAUUGAGUUAAAUUAGUACUUAAGUGUUUAGAAACCUUCUAGCCCUCCAAGACUGCAGUUGUGCACCCCUGAUGUACAUUAGGUCCAUUAUGCUGAAUUUAGGAGAAUGCUCACCAAAAGUUAUUUUAGGCAGGUAUCAAUCACAUUAAUUGUUCAGUAUUUGUUCGGAUAUGACAUAUCAUACUGUAUAUGUUAACAAAGUGCACAACCAAUAGUUUUUUUAGUCUUUAAGACAGAGUUAGAAAUGAAAUUUGAGAAGGUACCACUGAUUCUAAUUCUGUGCUGCUUUGUUUAUGACAGUGGUGCACGAUACCAGUCCAAGUUGGUAGUAGUGUCUGCAGACUGUUGUUCCUCCUCUGUUCUCAAUAACAUAAUUGAGCUAAUCAUUAGCUUAAUUGGACCAGUUUCUUUUCAAAGAUCUUCAGCUGUUGAUAAUUUAAAGAGACCUAGAAUACCUGCUGGAUUCUAGCCUUCAAGGACUGGAGUUGUGAACAUAUGCUUUAUGAACACAGACAUACAAUUCCAUUCUUACAAGUUCUGUCUGUGUUACCUCAUCCGCUGCUUAAGACCUUGGGAAUUUGUACCUGCUUCACUAUUUUAAUUAUUGUAAUUAAGCUGUUAUGCACAGGGUUGCCAACUCAGGUUCUGGGUGGUCACCAUGUCUGCAGGUUUUAAUUCCAUCUCACCUUUUAAGGCAGUUGAGCUAAUUAUUGGCUGAAUUGGAUUCUGAUCUCUUAAGGUUCUAUAGAGGUUUAGGGAGCCAUAUAAAACUUUAAAACCUGUUGCUCUGCGGCCCUCCAGGAAAACCCUGUAUAAUGAGAUCAGAAAAAAAGAAAGAACUGCUCCGUAGUGAUUCCUAACAAAUAAGUCAGGAACAGCAACUGCCAAAGUACUAAUCAGUGCAAUCUACUGAGGAGGGAUUUGCAUAUUGCUUUACUGUAUUGAUAUUUCAGAAAUCUGUUAUGACAGGCUAUAAUAGAAAAAUAAAUGAUGAAAAACAUACAUUUAAUAUCCUGAGCAAAUCUGAAAAAGCAUUUAUAACACAAAGCUAUUUUAAAUUGCUUAUUAUGAAAAGCAACUCACAAAACUUACCCCCCCCCCCCAAAUUGCACUAAAAAAUACAAAUUUCUUAGAUAAGCCACAUCAUUUUUACACUUAAGAAAAUGACUGCUUGUUUGUCUUUUGAUACGUUGAUUUGAUAAGUUGAUCAUGAUUAGUUUUAAUUCCUGUCUGAAACUUUGAAUCAACUACAGAAUUGGAAGAAGGUUAGUAACAAUUCAUGAUGGCAAGUCUCCAAUAUAAGUAAGGCACACUGUACCAAAGAAAUUCCUAUGUGCCUCACAAUUACAGUCCCUGCAACUGUCCAUUUAUGCUAAAAUUCUUUUUUCUCAGGGUCAUGAGAGAAAAAACAGAGUACUGCUGCAUCCAGAUGAGUGUAUUGCACAGCGUGAAUAUCAUUUCACUAUUACUGUCUCUAAGCGUAAUAGCUUUUCCUAUUAUUAUGUUUCCAUUAAAUAUAGAGUAAUAUUUUUUGAUUGAUGCAUUUCUUUCAUCUGCCCCAAAUCUUGAUUUGCUUUUAUUUGAUUUGCUUUGAUUUCCAAAAAACGUAUUUAGAAUAUAUGUUGUCUGUUUUUAAAGGUGAAAGAGUUCCAUUGAAUCUCUGUAAUUGGUACUUUGUUUCCUUGGAAUCGGUGUGGUUAUUGAUUGUUUCAGUUUGAUGAAAUCAGGAAACGUAGUAGCUAAGCAUUUCUUAUGUGCUUCUAAGUCUGAAUAUUCACUUGAACUUGCAUCCUCAUAACUGCUGCUGAUCCAGAACAAAGCUUAAUCCAAAACACAAACUAUUGAGAGUGGGUCUAAGAAAUAGUGAUGUAUCACUGGAUAAAAGCAGAGGUGUUGAAGUGAACUGAAAAAUCAUAGAAUGGACACCUGAAUGAGCUUGAAUACCUUUUAAUUUAAUUAGGUGGCUUGUCAUUUGUAAUUGUUUUGUUUUAUGGUUUCUUGAGUGUUUAUUUCUGAAUUGAAAUCAAAAGCAAUAAAUAUCCACAGACAGUCUUUGUACUUUGCCUUUGUUAUACUGCCCAUUGCAUUGCAUUACUACCUCUGUCAUUACCAGUGGUUUAGAAACCACUUCGUUAGGAUUGUCACCUUGCCCCAUAAUCCCCAGUCAGUAUUUCAGUUAAUGUACAGAAUAAGUACUAAAUCAUUACUAAAUUGAUAUUGCUACAUAAUUACACACAGUAAUUAUAUACCUGUACAGUUACUGAUCAAUGUGAAAAAAUAAAAAGUCUGGAAUAAUUUG